GUGAAGCUUAGCCAUAGACGAUUCUCUGAUCUUUCUUAUGAGUGAUGGAAGUGAAGCUAAGCCAUAGACGAUUCUCUGAUCUUUCUCUUCCCAGAUUCCAUUUUCCAAAUCUUAAAACUACCUUCCCAUCUCCAAGUUUGAAAUGGUGGGUUGGCAGUAAGAAGCAUUUUACUGUUCUUGCAGAGAGAUGGAGAUUUCAUAUUCAGGAUAUUUCGAAGGGUCAAAGCUCCACCAAUCCCUACUUGCUUCAUGUGGUUAAAGAGGGUGAAACAUUAACUUCAAUUUCAAAGCAGUAUGGGGUGUCUAUAUAUUCUGUUGCUGCAGCUAAUAAGAAUAUAUUGGAUGUUGAUCUUGUUUUCGAAGGACAGCUUCUUAACAUUCCUGCAUCUGCCCCUGCAGACACUAAAGUGUGUUUGUGCCUCAAUCAGUAUCAGGUCAAGAAAUGUGAGUCGCCUAGCUUUGAUCAACUGGAAAGGCUUCAAAACUUCAUGAAGAUUAUGGAUGGGGUUCUAAACCAAAAGCCCUUCAUCACAGUAACCACCCUCCAUUUGCCACAUGCUAAAGCCACUGGUUAUUUUCUAGUUCUGGUUCCUGCAUUAGCAUUUUGCAUCAGAUGCAUAAUUGGUGCCUUUCACACUAGAGCUCGUAGAAACUUGGGAUGCCAAGCUUCGAAUGAAUCACGGAGGCAUCAAGAUGUGCCCGAGAGUAAGCGUUGGAAACAUGCUCUCAGUGACAUAAGGGAGCCAGAUAAUUUGGAUGGUGAACCAAUACUAAAUUCCACUGGUACUUCUGCAGAUCAAGAUCAAAAUUCAUUUGAAGAAGUCUCUCAUGCAUACGACAAACUUGAACAUGAAUAUCAGAAGUUUUUAUCAGAAUGUGGAAUUAGCAAUUCGGGAUACUGGCGGGGAGGUUCUACAGACUAAAAUCAUUACAGUGCUGUUCAUCCUUCUUGGUACAAAAAUUUACCAUACAAUCUCAUGCUCAUCUGCAAUGAUUGAAUCCUUUGUACAGUUCUGUAAGUUUUUUUUGUUGUCGUUUUGGGUGUUUAAGAAUGUAAUGAGACUUGAAGAUUGUGAAUCAUAACUUUAGGACUAGUUAGGCUUCAUUUCUGACUAGUUUGCUUGCAAUGUGUGAUUAUCCCUUACAGGGACAACAGGAAUAGGAAAAGGCACGGCAAAAGAUUUACUACAAAACUGUAAAUUUGAAUGAAACAGCUUGUUUAGGUUUUACAUGUCAUGUAUAAAAAUUGUUAAAAGCUGCUCUUUUUCCCA